AUGGCUGGCCUUGGCGCCGGCGAUGACAGUGACGCCGAUCUAGACGACGCCGAUAGCGUAGCCAUCGAAGAAGCCCGCACGGGGCUGGAUCUUCUUCUUAGGUCGUUAGGCCGCCCCUUUCCACCUCCUGCGCCGACUGCACCAAGUCCCGUUCCCAUGGUGCCUGAGGAGCCAGACGUGCCUUCAAGCCCGGACUCUAUCAGGGCCGACCCUCCUGCGCCGCCUGGUGUUUCGGACACCGUACACAUCGGCACGUCCGCGUCGAAGUCGUCAGCGACGCGCACAAUGAAGCUCAAGCAGCAGAAGCUGAGCUUCUGGAAGGAGGCCCUCGCCGCUAAGGAUGCGGCAGAAGCUCUACCUGUUUUCAACAUGGUGGAUGAUCUCAUCCGCGUGGUCUCGGACCUGCUGGGGCGGUCCGGCCCGAAGCACCAGCGCUUCAUGGACCUACAGGAGCUUUUCACCGAGACCAGCUUGGAAGUCCAGGGCAUCCAUACAGUCCGGUGGCUCUCUCGGGGGGAUGCGUUGCUUCGCAUCCUGGCAGUGUGGCCAGCUGUCAUCGACUUCCUCAAGGAGUUCCAUUCCGCCAUGUUUUUGCUCGCCACAUCGUACCGGUUCCACUUCUUCAUGUAUUUUCUUGCUGAUGUGCUUGAGCAGUUGAACUUCUUGAACAAGACCUUUCAGCAGCGCCAGCUGGACCUGGUCUCUCUGCACGGCCAGAUCAAGCGCACCACGUCACAUAUCGAGAGCCGAUAUGUUGACUGCGGUGACGACUUCGGCGGAGGCUUGAGCCGCUGGCUUUCGCCCUUCAUCGAGCGCUACGGCCCAGGAAAGGAGCGUGAAGUGACUGCCGAGGGGCCUGAUUCCGAUGGCCGGCCGUCUACACUCAAGUUCAAGCUUCACGAAGACAAGGUCAAAGGCUACGAAGGCCCCUGUGAUCACGACGCCUGCAUUGAGGUCUGCACCGACUUCGCUGAACGAAUCGUGGGGAACCUGGAGAAGAGGCUGAGUGACUUGGACUCUCUGUCUGGAGUCCGUCUGUUCCUGCCGGAUGAGUGGCCCAAGGGCAAGUCGGAGCGGCACGCACGAUGCGUCGAGUGGCUGAACUCGCUGGUGACGCUGUUCAAGGCGCUCGAGGCAGAAGAGAUACUGCCAGGUGGGAUUCUGUUCUAG